AUGGUCCUAUCAGUGUAUGACACGCGCAACAAGCUGGUGGUGCACUCUGCGCCUCUCACCCCCGCCGCCUCGCUCCUGGCGCCUCUGCUGCUGCUGUGCGAGGGAGGCGCCGUCGUGCUGCUCUCCCUGCACCGACGGGGAGAUGGCGGGGGAGGGGUAGAUGCAGGAGGGAUCUCAGCAGGAGGGGUUUCAGCAAGAGGGGCAUCAGCGGGAGGGGGAGGAGGAGGAGGAGGCGGAGCAGUAGCGGGGGGAGGUGCGGGAGCAACAGGAGGGGAAGGGGCAGUGAUAGUGGAGGCGAGGGGCCUGCUGCUGGUGGAGAGGGACAUGGCAUGGAAGCUGGAGGCGCUGUUUAGAAAAGGGCUGUACUCCAGUGCUCUUGACCUCGUGGUGUCCCAGGGCGGCGACGCUGCUGCCACGACUGAAGUGCUCAGAAGAUACGGCGAUCAUUUGUAUGCCAAGCAGGACUACGAAGAGGCAAUGGUUCAGUAUGAGAGGACGAUCGGGCAGGUGGAGCCGUCAUAUGUCAUUCAGCGCUACCUGCAUGCUCAGAGGUUGAGCCUGCUGGCCCGGUACUUAGAGCGGCUGCACGAUAAGGGCGUGGCAACACCGGAUCACACUACCCUGCUUAUCAACUGCUUCUCACGCCUCAAGGACGUCUCAAAACUAGAUGCCUUUGUUCGCGCCGGCUUCGAUUCUCCCUCCUCCGAUACCCACCCCAUCGAACCACCAACCACAACCACACCCAAGCCUUCAUCUACCCCCUCCUCUGCCUCCAAUCUCCCCCUCUCCCUCUCACUCCCUCACUCCUCCUCCUCUCCCUCUCUCCCAUACGAUCCCGACACGGUGAUUCAAGUCUGCUGUUCCGCCGGGUAUUACAACCAAGCUCUUUUCGUAGCUCAGCGUACCGCUAAGCAUUCCGCUUACCUAAAAAUCCUUGUGGAGGAUUUACACCGCUACGCCGACGCGCUGGCUUUUAUUUCCGCCCUUCCAGACCGGGCGAAAAUUGUUUCGGCUGCCCGGGAAUACGGGCCGGUGCUGGCGGCUCACCUGCCCGAGGAAACUAUUUCUCUGAGUGCAGAGGGCAAUGAUCGGGCAGCUUGCUUGGCCAAGGCGGGCGCGUUGCUGCGAGCCUAUUGGCAGCAGCAGUCGGCUCCUCGUUACGACGCUGACCUGGCACUGCUGACGUGUCAGGUGCAUGGCUUUAGAGACGGGCUAAUAUUUCUGUAUGAAAGAAUGCGGCUGUUUAAAGAGGCUCUGGCGAUGCACAUGAGGGAGGGCGACAGCAAGGCAUUGAUUGCUGCGUGCAAGCGAUUGGGAGAUGCGGGGAGGGGGGGAGAUCCCAGUGUGUGGGCUGACGUUGUGAGGUACCUGGGGGAACGAGGGGAGGCGUGCGGGGAGGAGGUUGCGGAGGUGUUUAGUGCGGUGGAGAGGGGUAACCUGCUGCCGCCGCUACUGGUUCUGCAGACUCUCUCGCGCAACCCGCACAUCACGGUGGGGGAGGUACGGGAUUAUGUGUCGCGGCACUUGCAGCAGGAGACGGCCAUCAUUGAGGAGGACAGGCGGGCGAUCGAGAAAUACCAGCACGAGACUGACAAGUAUAGGAAGGAGCUGCAUCAGCUUCUCACCGAGCCUCUUGUCUUCCAGUCGUCCCGCUGUGCUGAGUGCAACUCGCCGCUCGACCUCCCCGCCGUCCACUUCUUUUGUCUGCAUGCGUUCCACCUGCGCUGCCUCGCCGACCCAACCACGGCUGUAGCAGCCGCUACAGCCGCUGCUGCCGCCUCCCUGGGAGGUGACAUGGGGGGUGUGAGCGGGGGUGGAGGGGUAAUGGGGGGAGGCAUGGGAGGGGGGGUGUAUGGCAGGGGAAGAGGGGAGGCUUAUGGAGGAGGGAUGGGAGUGGUAGGUGGAGGGGGUGGAGAGGAAGGAGAGGGAGAGGAUGGAGAGGAUGGGGGCUUGGAGUGCCCCAAGUGUGCUGCCUCCUACAGAGUGGUGAGGGAGAUGCGGAUGGGGCUGAGGCAGAGUGCGGCGGACCACGAUAGGUUUUUUCAGGAGCUGCAUGACGCGCGCGACGGCUUUGGCGUUGUUGCUCACUACUUUGGCCGCGGGCUGGUUGGGGCAGCAGGAAACAGCGCGGAAGGCGCCUUGUAA